GUCCGUGCGGGGCGCGUGGUGCGUGCGUCGGUAGUGCGUGGGGCCUCGGGAAGUGGCACGAUAAGCAGCUUGAAAAAAACCGUAUACCUCGUAUCGGGCUUUUUGCAGAGAGAAGAAAGAUGGAAAGUAAUGCAGUUUUACUGGAAUCCAAGUCCUCUCCCAUCAACCUGCUGAAUGAAAUGCACCAGCUGCGUCUCCUGGGCCACCUCUGUGACGUGACGGUCAGCGUGGAGUACCAGGGUGUCAGGGCAGAGUUCGUGGCACACAAGGCUGUGUUGGCAGCAACGAGCAAAUUUUUCAAGGAGGUCUUCCUUAACGAGAAGAGCAUGGAUGGCCCGAGAACCAACGUGUUCCUGAACGAGGUCCAGGUUGCUGAUUUUGCUUCGUUUCUUGAGUUUGUCUAUACUGCAAAGGUAGAAGUGGAAGAGGACAGAGUGCAGCGUAUGCUAGAAAUAGCCGAAAAGCUGAAGUGCUUGGACCUCUCAGAAACCUGCUUUCAGUUAAAGAAGCAGAUGCUUGAAUCGGUGCUGCUGGAGCUGCAAAAUUUCUCUGAAUCACAGAACUCUGAGGAAGAGAGUGCAGCCCAGCCAAGCAGUUUGCUUGAGUGUAAAGCAGCUGCUGUGGCAGAACCCGAGCAGGCUGGCUGUCCUCCGGAUCCUGCAGGUUCCCCAGGUGGCAGGCCCAGAAUUGGACUGUCUCUUGAGGUGCCAGCUGCCAAACCGAAAGAGAAAGCAGACAAAAAGAAGGAAAUGAUGAAGCCUCCUUAUGCCAAAAUCAGAAGGGCGAGCGGGAGACUGGCUGGGAGGAAAGUAUUUGUGGAAAUCCCAAAGAAGAAAUACACGAGGCGGCUGAGAGAGCAGCAAAAGAAUGCGGAGGUUGCUGUCGAAGAGGACAGUUACCCACAGGACCAGGAUGUGUGUGACACAGAGAGGGAGGAGGAGCAAGCAGAAGACAGCAUCAAACCUGAAAGCGAAGAGUGCGACGGCAACUUUGAAACGGAAGAAAACGUGAAAAAAUCCGAAGAGGACAAAAAGAAACGAGGCAGUAACUUCAAGUGCGGCACGUGUGAGAAGGAAUUCCUGUACGAGAAAAGUUUUCUCAAGCACAUAAAACACAGCCACGGCAUCGCAGCCGAAAUCGUUUAUCGGUGUGAAACCUGCAGUCAGACCUUUGCCAACCGGUGCACUAAAAGCCAUCAGCGCCACGUCCACAGCAGCGAGCGCCACUUCCCUUGUGAGCUCUGCGGUAAGAAGUUCAAGAGGAAGAAGGACGUCAAGAGGCACAUUCUCCAGGUUCAUGAGGGUGGUGGGGAGCGUCAUCAGUGCCAGCAGUGUGGAAAGGGGUUGAGCUCCAAAACUGCCUUGAGGCUCCAUGAAAGGACGCAUACAGGCGACAAGCCUUAUGGGUGCACAGAGUGUGAGGCUAAAUUUUCUCAGCCUUCUGCACUUAAAACACACAUGAGAAUCCAUACUGGUGAAAAGCCUUUUGUCUGUGAUGAAUGUGGUGCCAGGUUCACUCAGAAUCACAUGCUUAUAUAUCACAAAAGAUGUCACACAGGGGAAAGACCUUUUAUGUGUGAAACGUGUGGGAAGAGCUUUGCCUCUAAGGAGUACCUGAAGCACCACAACAGAAUCCAUACAGGGUCCAAGCCUUUUAAAUGUGAAGUUUGCUUUAGAACAUUUGCACAGAGGAAUUCACUUUACCAGCAUAUAAAAGUUCACACAGGUGAACGGCCCUACUGCUGUGACCAGUGUGGGAAGCAGUUCACGCAGCUGAAUGCACUGCAGCGUCACCAUCGCAUACACACUGGGGAGAAACCCUUCAUGUGCAAUGCCUGCGGGCGGACCUUCACUGACAAAUCCACCCUGCGGCGGCACACCUCGAUCCACGAUAAAAACACACCGUGGAAGUCCUUCCUUGUCAUUGUUGAAGGAGCAUCUAAGAAUGAUGAAGCUCACAAAACGGAGCUCCCGGAUGAAGAGUAUGAUGUGUCACCUAAAAUGCCAGAGAAGCUGCUGUCUUUCUCUGAAAACGGCCACUAUCAGAGCUUCACUGCUGUCCCGGGGGGUGUGACUGCACUGCAUGACAGCAGUUCUGCAACGGGGACUGACUGUAAGUCAGAUGGGACUCCGGGACCCCAGGGAGCCCUUAUAGCUACCACUCUCAGUGAGCUGACAGUACUGCAUACGCAGACAGAAUCUAUUCAGCCACAGCUUCAUGCUUUGGUGAAUAUGGAGUAAUUUGGUGUUACGAAUCCAGUUCAAGCUGCACACUUUGUAUAAUCGCUUGACUUUGCCAAUAACCUGCUGAGGGAACUAGGAGAAGCUAUGAAAAGGAAGGAAGCAGAGGUAGAUGUGAAUGACCUGCCUGGGUUACCAGAAUUUCUUCCAAAAUGUAAUUAUCCACAUCCAGUGCAUAUAGCCCCAUCUCCUGAAGGCAGGGGAGAGUAAUACCAAAAUCUGAUUUGAUUUCAUCAGCUGAAGAAAGGUUGUUCCCUGCAGAUAAAAGAAGGUUGGAGGUGGGUGCAGUUGAGCAGAAGUACCUGCGUUCAUCUAGGCUACAAAGAAGGUGCACGUUUGAUUUGAUGACUUCUGUACAAUCGAGGGAAACCAUGUUGUGUUUCUCAACCCACUAGUUUCGUUAAACAAAUCUGUAUUUUCUCAAGUGGAAAUCCUUUAUAUAAGUUAAGUUCCACUAAUUUGCAUUUCAGGAGAUGUUGGUUAGUCUCUGCUUUUGCCAAAUAGCCAAGCAGUAAGCCAGCUCGUUCCCUGGGAAUAGGGGGUGGGAGCAAGCUCUGGAAAGAGCUGAAGUUUCAUUUCAGGAAUUGUGAGUCUCUGGUUGCUGCAUAGGCAAGUGGAAGCCAAGUGCUGUGUCUGUGCAGGUGGUGGUGCUGUCGUUGCUUUCCAGUAAAUCUUGGUGCAGUUUAGAUGCUUGUACUCAGCCAGCUUUCAAGCUGGAGAGUUGGAGGAUAAAACUUGUCAAUGAAUAGAAUAGGCAGCUUACUGACACUUCCCUGCUGAAUUGUAGCUAAGCACUUUUCUGCUGGUCCAGAUAAGUCAGCAGCGUUCUUUUCUCCACCGUCACUUCAGCAUUGCUGUUCCACAGGCCUCCUUUUAAAUUAAGUCAGUCUUACAGGGACUGAAUCCCCUUGUUCUCUUCCAUCACGGCCAGUAGCUGGGAAAGUCUGAGAGUCACUGCCCAGGGUAAGCACGCUCUGUGUUUCCUGCACUUGGGCAUCUUUGCUAACACAGAAGCUGAACUGAAAUGAAAACGUGACUUUGUUUGGCUUCAGAUUAAGCUCCCUGGAGUAGGGGGAAGAGUAGGGUACUGUCCUUGUGCAGGGACAGAAGCUUUGAAAUAGGUGCCAAGUGACAACUCUGACUGGGAUGACUCUCUUUUUUUGGAAGCAGCACUGAGUCAAAAGCAAUUUGCCCAUAUCAUUAACUCUUCCACCUUAGGACCAGAUUCCCAGUGUCAGCAUGUUAAAAACCUAGAGCUCAUCUAAUUUACUUCUCUCUUUUGCUUUUCUGUUUCUCUUUAUUUUAAUAUUAAUAUAGUAUUUCCACAGAAGCUUUCUCAUCUGAAGCUGUGAGGAAAAACUGAAAGAUUGCAUUAGUGCAAAGGUAAGCACAAUCGAGCCUGGUUAGGGCUUAUUCUAAGGCUUAGGGGUUGGCAAAGCAAUAAAGAUAUCCAAACUGUGGCACAGAGCUAUUUUUGAACCUUAAAGGGAUGUCUGAUAUGUUUCCAUAGAAUCAUAACUUAAUCUAGAGAAAGGGAUUUUUUUUUUUUAAAGAGAACAUUCCAAGAGCUUAUAUUUGAAAUAUUUAUUCAAGCACGACGUCCUGUUGAAACUCAGUAUUCCCAGUGACCAAUGUAAAGAGUUUGUAGAUAUCUCUGAGUAAAUCUGAGCAUUAGUACCUGUAGCCAGGGAAGCUUUUGUACUCCAUGAAUGGACAAAUGUGAGUUGUGUAUGAGCCAUUCUUAUUAAAAGACUGAAAUAUUACGA